AUGUUCCUCGAUGGCCUGAGCACUGUUGAGGGCCUCAAGCUAUUUAUAUUAGAAGACAGUCUAGCUUUCCCUCUCUCUCACCUCACGGAUGCAUCUUCUCUGCAGCAGCAUGGGGUAGAGCGAUGCUUUGCUUUGGCUGCUUUUCCUAUUUCACUUUCUUCUGUACCUGUACAGACAGCCCGGGCUCCUACUGUUGUAUUUGUCUGUCGCCCUCGUCUCUCUCGUCUCCCUCUCAUCGUGCGUCAUAUCAACUACAUUGAACAACACUUCCCUCAAGCACAGCCUCCCCCCGCAGCAGCAGCAGCAGCAGCAGCAGGACCAGCUGCUGCUGCUGCUGCAGCAGCACCAGGAGCAGCUAGCCAUGCAGACCCUGCGUUGGUGUGGCGGUUUCCUCUGCCCCCCAUAACAGCAAAGAGCGGUAGACGAUAUUUAAUUGUUUUGGUGCCUGAGCCCUCAGAGUUUAUAGCGAGCGAAAUACGCAGGCUUCUAUCAGCCCCCAGCACUGCAGCAGCAGCAGAGCAGCAGACUGGGCCUUCAUCUUUGCCUGCUGCUGCUGCUGCUCUCAUUUCAAAUUUGGGGACUUCUUUGUUGCCUCUCGGCGCAAGUGACAGCCCGGACAUCAACAGCAGCAGCAGCAGCAGCAGCAGCAGCAGCAGCAGCAGCAGCAGCGUGAGCCCAGACUGCGUCGCUCAGCAGCAGCAACCACAGCAGCAGCAGCAGCAGCAACAGCAGCAGCAGCUGCUCUUGCUGUUGCAGCAACCCCUGCAGCACGUCCUCCAGCAGCCAAAACAACCGCAGCAGCGGCUUAUCCCUCAUCUGCGGUGUAUAGGCAGCGCAGCAAAGACUGUGAGUGACUUUCUUAUACAGAAAAGAAAGCAGCAGCAGCAGCAGCAGCAGCAGCAGCGACAAAGGUUCGAGGGCCCCUAUGCCUUGGGGUGUACUGUAGCAGCAAGAGAGGAGCCGUCGCUCCCCUCGGUGCCUCCCGUUUAUUCUGUGUUAGAUGCAGAGGAUUGCGGUUUGUCUCAGCCAUAUGUUUCAAGCAGCAGCAGCAGCAGCAGCAACGGUAUUCAUCUUUCUGCUGCUGAAGAAGCAGCAGCAGCAGCAGCAGCAGCGGAUGGAGGGGAUGGUGUAUGGGGAGCGAACAGCAGCAGCAGCAGCAGCAGCAGCAGCAGCAACCUAUCGCUGCCGCAUGCACCGUAUAUGGCGGUAUUGUUUGAUAGACGCGUAGACCUUAUAACACCUCUCUGCACUGACUUUACUUACCAGGGUCUUCUCGAUAGCACUCUGGGUAUAGAGGGUGCAGCUCUGGAGGUCCCCAAGCACCUCCUGCAGCAGCAGCAGCAGCAGCAGCAGCAGCAGCAGCAGCAGCAGCAGGAGCAGCAGCAGGAGCAGACGAUGGGCGAGGGUAUUGUGUCACCUACUUUGACUGGACAGAGGUGGGGGGCGUGCUGCACCGCAUAG